CAUCCGUCCGCUGGGAGUCUUACUGUGAUUUCUUUUUUUUUUCUUACCGGCCUGAGUGGUCGUCAUCAGGUGGAAUAAAGGACUAAUUUCUCUGGCAAAGAGGGGAGGACGAGGUGUCCGACCGUUUUUUUUCUCUUACUGAAAAGCUUCCAAAAAUUAUCCUUCAAUUUUCCCUCUUGUUUUCUUCGCAUCCCUCCCUCCCUCCUCCUCCUCCUCCUCUCCCUGCUCCAUCUCCUCUUCCUCUUCUUUAAAGAGGCCCGAGCGCGUUGCGGGGUGUCUUCCAUCGCCUGUUUCGUUUAUUUAUUUAUUUAUCUCCCCUGACUGCUCGCGAGCCCUCUGUCCCCUGGUCUGCAGCCUUCCCGCGAGCUCAAAAGAGCACGAGGCAACCCCUUCGCCUCCCCCGUACCCCCUCCCCGCGCCUCGGAGGGAGCUGUCCGGUGCUGAAGUUGCAUUUCUUUCCUCCUGUGCGCGAGGACUAAACGGGGCGGACAGACGACAGCGAGAGAGACCGGAGCAGAAGAGGAAGAACACACAAGCGCUUGUUGAUCGUCAACUCUUUCACCGGAUCAAUUCAAGGCUCGCGCUUUCUCCCCAAUCUGAAGACAAUCUUCCCCCGGCCCGCCGGUCUGAUUGGUGUGUCACGGGCGAAUCACCACGCUGGCCUGCCUGUCGGCGAUCGGCUGUGUUUGCGAGUGUGGGUCGUUGUGUUUGUGAGUGCGUGUGUGUGCGCAGCUUGUCGGUGUCUCACCACCAUGCCAAGGUCUUUCCUGGUAAAAAAGGUGAAACUGGAUGAUUUCUCCACCGGGGCGGAUCUGGAGAACGCCUACCGGCACAGGACAGACCUCAGCCUGCGGCUACAUGACAAAGCUGGUUACAUCAGUGACUACAUCAGCCCUGUUGUGUACGAUGGUGAGAGUGACAGUGGCAUCAAGGUCCCCUCUCCUGAUCCUCUCUACGAUGGUAUCCACAGUGACUAUGGGGCUCCCGACUCUGAGUCUCCUGACAGCCCUGGCUCAGAACUCACGGAUGGUUAUAUCAAUGGAGACGCUGCAGUGAGCGAGGGUUACACAGUCGAUGCAUUCUUCAUCACCGAUGGCCGCUCGAAGAGGAAAGCUCUCAGCAGCCCCAGGACCAUCCAGAGGCACACCUGUAACGAGUGCGGCAAAACCUACGCCACGUCUUCCAACUUGAGCCGGCACAAACAAACGCAUCGCUCGCUGGACAGCAAGCUGGCAAAGAAAUGCCCGACCUGCGGGAAGGUGUACGUGUCCAUGCCCGCCAUGGCCAUGCACCUGCUCACUCAUGACCUCAAGCACAAGUGCGACGUGUGCGGAAAGGCGUUCAGCCGACCUUGGCUUUUACAGGGCCACAUGCGCUCGCACACAGGGGAGAAACCGUUUGGGUGCGCCCACUGUGGGAAGGCCUUCGCAGACCGCUCGAACCUGCGCGCUCACAUGCAGACCCACUCGGCCUUCAAACACUUCAAGUGCAAACGCUGCAACAAGACCUUCGCGCUCAAGAGUUACCUGAACAAGCACUAUGAGUCUGCCUGCUUCAAAGGCCCCUUCUCUCCUCUCGGCCCCCUAGAUGCAUGACCCCCCCAUAUAGAUCAAACGAGACAAAACUGCAGACGUGAAUUACAAUUACCCUUACGGACUUAACUGCAGACACAAACAAUAUAUUUUUGGGUCAGAAUGUGACCUUGCUUUCCCUCCUCACCCCUCCUCACUGGCCCUCUGCCCCCUCCCCCACCUCGCCUCCCUUGGAGCCUAUUCGUGAUAAUGAAUAUGAUGAAGAUAGCACAAUUUUUUCUCCUUGAGAUUUGCCCACUUAAGGAUUUAACUGAUCGACGCAUGCACUUCCUCAAAAAACAAAACAAAACAAAACUCUUCACGUCCUCUUCCUCUGUCCAUUGAGGAUGGAGACAUUAAUACUGACUUCCUCCUGGCUUCUAGAUACAGUAUGACUCCGUAUAUUUUGGAAAAAGGGAUGACGAUGAGGAUGACGACAAAGACAAUAGUAAGCCUAUAGCUACUAGUUUCCUCCCUGCACUCAAAUGCAGUGAAAGUUUUUUCAUUCUGAUGUUGUUUCUUUUUUGGAAGAAUUAUAGUAAUAAUAAUAGUAAUAAUAAUGAUAAUAAUGCUCUGCUGCACCAAGUGACCAUAUUCUCUCCACUACUGAGGUCAAAAUACUAUUUAUUUAUUUAUUGAUUUAUUUGUUUUGACAUUUUUUUUUCUUUUUUAUGUGUUUAUACUUGAUUUGAUAACAAUGAAAAGUGUUGCCAUUUAUUUGUUGCACUUUAAUUUCUGUAUAUGUAUGUAGGAUAUUUGCCAACCUCUUUUUACCACUACAGGCCAAAGCAUAUGUCACUUUUUUGAGUACUAUUUUUUCCUAUUAUGUUGUUAAUACCUUUUUUCUUAUUAACGUUAUUGCAUGCAAAAAAAAAAAAAAAA